AUGGUCUACCACAAUCUCAAAGCCCUCAUCAAGGGCAUCCGGUCGUGCAAGACCGUGGCCGACGAGAGGGCUCUGAUUCAGCAAGAGUCAGCAGCUAUUCGCGCGUCCUUUCGUGAUGAGGAUUCAUAUGCUCGGCACAACAACAUCGCCAAACUCCUCUACAUCCACAUGCUGGGCUCGCCGGCACAUUUCGGACAAAUAGAAUGCCUCAAGCUUGUAGCGAGCCCUCGUUUUGCAGAUAAGCGUCUUGGUUAUCUGGGUAUCAUGCUGCUACUGGAUGAGAAACAAGAGGUGUUGACAUUGGUAACGAAUUCCCUUAAGAAUGACAUGGCACAUUCCAAUAUGUAUGCGGUCGGGCUGGCACUCUGCACAUUCGCCAAUAUUGCUUCCGAAGAAAUGUCGCGCGAUCUGGCCAAUGAGAUAGAAAAGCUUUUGGGUUCUAGUAACACGUACAUACGCAAGAAGGCGGCACUAUGUGCUCUGAGAGUUAUCAAGAAAGUCCCCGACCUAACCGAUCACUUCGUCUCCAAAGCUAAGAACCUCCUGACCGACCGUAAUCAUGGUGUCCUGCUUUCGUCAAUAACGUUGAUAACUCAAAUGUCUCAAACCGAUCCUUCCGUUCUCAAUGAAUUCCGAAAUGCUGUCCCAAUCCUUGUUCGAACCCUCAAGUCAUUAGUCACAACAGGCUACAGUCCUGAGCAUGAUGUGUCUGGAAUCGCGGACCCUUUUCUUCAAGUCAAAAUACUACGUCUGUUGCGUCUCCUAGGCAAAGGUGACGAGCAUGCGAGUGAUACGAUGAAUGAUAUACUGGCGCAGGUCGCCACAAACACAGAUUCCACAAAGAAUGUUGGAAAUUCUAUACUCUACGAAACCGUGCUGACAGUCUUGGAGAUUGAAGCUGAUACGGGAUUGCGCGUUAUGGCCAUUAAUAUUCUAGGGAAGUUCUUGAGCAAUCGAGAUAACAACAUUCGUUAUGUUGCUCUCAACACACUGAAUAAGGUGGUAUCAAUGGAUACCAAUGCCGUCCAACGUCAUCGAAACAUUAUCCUUGACUGCUUGCGUGACGCUGAUAUUUCUAUUCGACGUCGCGCAUUAGAAUUAUCUUAUGCUCUCAUUAACGAACAAAAUGUUCGGGUACUAGUCAGAGAGCUGUCGGCGUUUUUAGAAAUUGCAGACGACGAGUUCAAGAUUGGGAUGACUACCCAAAUUUGCCUGGCUGCGGAGAGAUUCGCUCCGAGUAAACGAUGGCAUAUUGAUACCGUUCUGCGUGUGCUCAAACUCGCCGGCAACUUUAUACGCGAGGAAGUCUUGUCGGCGUUUAUCAGAUUGGUGGCGCACACACCAGAACUUCAAGCCUACACGGCCUCACGAUUGUAUAGGGCUUUGAAGGACGAUAUAUCUCAAGAAUCGCUGACACUCGCUGCCUCUUGGAUCAUUGGAGAAUACAGUGAAAUUAUAAUAGAAGGUGGUCUUGUCGAUGACGAUGUGACAAAGCUGGUCACGGACACAGAACUUGUUGAUUUGCUGUUGUCUAUUCUUGAUUCGCCGUAUGCUCACUAUCUAACACGACAAUACGUUCUUUCCGCAAUAACUAAAAUGGCGGCACGACCUACGACCUCCACCGCACAGCAAGAACGUAUAUCCGAAGUUCUUACACAAUAUACCACAAGUCCUGAACUUGAGCUGCAGCAGCGUGCGGUAGAGUUUGCUAGCUUGUUCAAUCUCGGUGAGCUAAGAGAAGGUGUACUGGAACGAAUGCCGCCUCCAGAGCUCAAGGCCACCAUCAUGGGAGUCGUGAGCGAAAAUAAGCCUGUUGGGUCGACGGAGUCGCGGAAUCUUCUAGGGGACGAACCAGCGUCACCCGUCAAUGGACUUUCCGCGUCGUCUGCGCCCAAUGAUCAGCAGCUUAUUGCUGAGAUCUUUGGUUCAUCAGGUGGAAGCUCCACGCCUUCAGCAAGCGCGUCACCUAAGCCGAUUUCACAACGAACAACGAUAGAUGACAUUCUCGGAUUAUUCGGGCCGAACAACGGCACGACAACUUCAACGCCUACUGUACCAUCUGCUUCUCCUUCCCUCGUCUCCACUCCCUCCCUAUUUGAUAGCCCUGCAUCGCCACCGCCUCAGGCCCCGGCUCCUCAUCCGCAACCUGCCUCUCAUCUCACCUCAUACACUGCGUACGAUAGGAACGAGCUUAAGAUUACGCUCACGCCUCAAACAUCUCCAACGAAGCCUGGAGUAGUCCUCAUACUUGCUCGAUUCCAAGCGACGGGAGGUGAUGCAGUGACCGGUCUCACAUUCCAGGCUGCCGUUCCGAAAUCACAGCAGCUGCAAAUGCAACCAAUGUCGAGUCCACACGUGAAUCCUGGGUCAGCAGAAACUCAGCAAAUGCGCGUGAUAUGUCCACCUGGUAGCAAUGUACGGUUACGUCUGCGUGUCUCGUACACCCUUGUUGGCCGCCCCGUACAAGACCAGGUCGACUUUUCUGGUUUCCCUCCGAGUUUGACGGGUGGUUCAUAG